AUGUCUCGAUUCAAAGAAAAUGCGGAAAAUAACAAUAAUACCGAAUCGCAGAGCGCCGAAUUGCUCGUUCUCGAUCUCGUCGCCAAGCACACCAAAAAUUGUAAGGUUUUUCAAUAUUUCUGCAAAAAUUGAAGAAUUCCUGUGUAUUUUUCCAGAUAAGUACAUAGCCUCUUACAAAAAAGAUCUAUUUUCGGCGUCGAUUCCGCCGAUCUCGCUGAAAAAAUUCGGCCGAAACUCACUUCAAUUCGGCACCGUCCUCAACGGAAAUCUCACUAUUGAGUCCGUUUCUUUUAGUUGUUCGACGGAAAUUUCGAAUUUUUGCAGUUGGCAGACAAAAGAGAUCCGCGUGGACGCCGUCAAAUGCAUAUACAUGUUGACGAAGGCGAAGGGGAACAAAUGGGCCGAGCUGCAGCUCGAGUUUUGCGAGCAUUUGAAAAAAAAUGUGGUUUGUUUGGGAUUUUGAGGGGAAUGUGGAGAAUGAAGGCUUUAGAUUAGAUGCUCGGCGCUCACAAACGGAUGUUUUACGUAUAUGGACAAGGAAUACUCGACGCCGGCAGUUUUCAACGAUGUGCUCGGAGUUAUUGUCGAUUCGAAGGAGUCGCCGAGGAUUCCGAGCAGACAAAUCGGUUAGGACCGUAGAUUUGACCGGCCGGCCCGGCCUAGAAAAUCCGAGAAAAAAAACGAUGAUUUUCCCAUUUCCAGGCCGUCUGGUGUGUCUUGUGACGACCGAACAGACGUCGGACGGUCCUUGGCAGCUGCGCAUCGAGUCGGUUCCCUCCUUCGAAGCGGUCCUUUCGUUGGCGAUGACCGCCUCUUCAAAAGUCGCCGAAAACGAGCAUUUCGGCCUGGUGACACGCGAAGAGUGCGAAGUUAAACGCGAUCUGAGACUCGUCUCCAGUCGCGACUUUCCCAGAGAUGUCCGCAUUUUCAGAAGGUUCGGAUUUUGUAGAUUUCUCCUGAAAAUCCAUAUUUUCUGCAGCGGAAGCCACUGCUGCGAGAGCAUCGACGUUGGGCACCGUCCGCGGCGUCCGCACCUUCAUUCCGAAUGCAUGAACACUUGCGUGGGCGGUACCGUACUUCACAUUCCCAUAAUUCGUUCCCAAUUUCAAUUUUUUGUUUCAGAAGUGAAUCUGAUAGGCAAAUGCAUGGCGUUCCAAAUGAAGCGGUGCCUCGGAAUGUCGUCCGCGCCGUCAAUUUUUCCGAAUUUCGACGAGCUGCUCGCCCACUCCAUUCCUCCUUCCGUCCUUUCUUCGCUGCCCGCCACCUCGUGCCUCGCCACGCCAUCCUCCGAAGGCCGCCACGUCGAUUCGCGGUCGCUUCGGGCAGACGUGACGCAGCUGGAGGUGCACGUGCACGGCGGCUUCGUCGAGGUGGAGACGAUCGCCGAGUACUCGGGCUACACGGACCACAACGGACUGCCGCUUCUGUGGAGCCACGACGUCGAGUUCGUCGUCGACAUCUCCGGCAUCUUCAACGAGCAGAACAAGGGACUCUACACGGUCAAAGUGGUCCGCUUUCAUCGGAUGAACGUGUUCGCCAAGUGGCGACUCGCCCGAAGAAAUCCCAUAUUGAAAGCGAUGCAGAGUACGUAAUUCGCACUAAAUACAUGAGAAAGAUCUUUUCGGGGCUUGGUUAGACCCAAACCUCUAGAGAUUCGUAGUGAUAAGUCCUGGUUUCUGCAAAAAUCUGAAAAUUUCAUGUCUAAAACUAGCUGGAAACUGAGGUUUUCAGCGCGUUUUCACUCGCAAGAGGCACACUCGAUCACACUCGCAAAUCUGUCGGGAAUCCGAACGAUCAGCCUCAACGACGGUGUGGACGACGACGACGACGAAAACGAGGAGAAUCGGCCGCACGAACGGCAGCGACUUCCCUCCUUCUCUCGAUUCGGAAAUUCCGCUCAAGUGAGGCUUUUUUCUGACGAAAAAGCGACGGAGUUUUGCAGAGCUGCUGCCUGCCACGCACCGAUUCGCUGGACAACGUCGAGCUGUUCGAGGCGCUCGUCCGCAACGAGAGCACUUCUUCGUCGGCGGCGAGCAGCAGCCACGCGGCCAGCGGCGGACUCAAUUCGAGCCUCACUCUCCAGGUUUGUAGAUAUUUACAAGAUGCGGAAAGUCGAAAAUGCGCUCCACUGCACUUUUAGUGGCGGGAAACUUGAAGCUUAGGAGGAGAAUACACUUGUUUUACUACAAAAUUAUGGACGAAAAUACUGUCUAAGAAUUUGAACUUCCCUCUAAAAGUGCAGUGCGCACUUUGAUAGUUUGGGCAGCCUGAAAAUGUUGUUUUUAGGAGCUGGAGAUGGACGACGAUUCGAUGUGGAUGCACCAUGACUCGUCGGUGCUGAAGAUCGUGGAAGACGUGGACGAGGAGGAGGAGGAGGAAGACGGAAACGCGUCGGACACGACGUUGGCGAACGGCGUACUCGACGAGAACUCGAACGACGUCUUCUGA